AAGGAAAUUAAGAACUUGGCAAGAUGAACUCUGCUGAAGAAGCUGUCAGUGCUGUGUCAAGACUUGCCCAGGAAAAUGCCGAGCUUCGAGAGCAGUUGCGGGAACUCUCCGAAAAGACUGCGCUCGAGAUGGAGGAACUGAGAAGGGCUCUCGGCAAGGCCCAGCGUGACCUUGAAAAUUCCAGCACGAGAUGCGGGGAAUCGGAGGCAAAAUUACCAUCCCUGGCCACGAAUGCAGGCCUCCAAAAAGGGGAGACUGGCAAGGAACUGCAGGCUGAAGAAGCAGUCAGUGCUGUUUUAAGACUUGCCCAGGAAAAUGCCGAGCUUCGAGAGCAGUUGCGGGAACUCUCCGAGAAGACGGCUCUCGAGAAUGAGGAACUGAGAAAGGCUCUCGGCAAGGCCCAGCGUGACCUUGAAAUCUCCAACGCAAGGUGCAGGGAAUUGGAGGCAAAAUUACGACCCCAGGCCACGAAUGCAGGCCUCCAAAAAGGGGAGACUGGCAAGGAACUGCAGGGGAGUGGCCGAGGAGCAGAUGGGGAGCUGCCAUCGACGUCCAAGCGUCAAUCCCGAGACGGCGAAGGAGAACCUCCCAGGAGACGCCGGCCGGAGGACGGAGGUGCGUCGGAGACGGACGAGUACGGGCGGACCGCGUUGCAUCAUGCAGCAAUGAGCGGAGACACGGAGGAGAUCAGGGCGCUGCUAGACAGAGGAUUGGACACGAGGACGAGGGAUGUGUAUGGAGAGACGCCCCUCCACCUGGCCCUGUUCCACGAAAAGGAUGCCGCGGCGGAGGUGCUGACGGACGUGGACUCCAUCACGGAUGUUGUGAAUGACGACGGGCUCACCCCUCUGCAUCACGCUGCAGGAAGUGGGUUCGUGAAUGUCGUCCGUAUGCUGCUCGCGGGAGGGGCGGACGCAAGUGCGAAAGACGGAUAUGGACGGACGCCCCUCCAUCACGCCGUGAGCUCGGGGAAGGAGGCCGCGGCGGAGGUGCUGCUGGGGGCCGCCCCCGAAUGCGACGGGCCGGACAUGGAAGGCCGCACCCCCCUGCACUACGCUGUGAGAGGUCUCCCGCGGAUUGUUCAAUCUUUGCUGUCGAGGGGUGCGCGUUUGAAGUUUAAAGACGAAGAUGGACACUGUCCCCUGGACCAUGCCCUGCGGUGUAAACAAGACGGUGUGGCGAGGGUGCUCCUGGCGACCUACGCGUGGAAUGACAUCGUGAUACAUUGGGAGGAGAUGGAACUCCCGCAGGAUGACGAGGAGCGCGGCGUCCGGCUGCUCUCCGAAUGCGAGGCCGAGAUGAGGAAGGCCCGGGUGGAGGGGUCCCGCCUCUCCCUCCGCGACCUCGCCCGCCGACCCCCCUCCCGCCUCGCCCGGCGCCUCUCCGACGAGGCGAUCCGGCGGCUCUCGGACCGGGACCUCCUGGCGCGGGACUUCCCGCUCUUCGGCGACCUCCUCCUCGUCCGGCUGGGGGAGGUCCGGGAGAGGAGGGCCCUGGAGGAUCGCUUCCUGCGCUGCUUCCCCCUCCUCUGCCCGCCCCUGCCCACCACCUGCACCGACGUCCUCCUCGCGUGCCUGGCUGACGACGACCUGAGGAUAUAUCCUCAAAAGGAAAAAGAAAGAAAUCCAGGGGGUGGCCGUGGAGCAGAUGGGGAGCUGCCAUCGAUGUCCAAGCGUCAAUCCCAAGAUGGCGAAGGACAACCUCCCAGGAGACGCCGGCCGGAGGACGAAGGUGCGUCGGAGACGGACAAGUACGGGCGGACCGCGUUGCAUCGUGCAGCAAUGGACGAAGACACGGAGAGGAUCAGGGAGCUGCUGGAAGGAGGAUGGAACACGAGGGCGAGGGAUCUGAAUGGAAUGACGCCCCUCCACCUGGCCCUGUUGUAUGAGAAGGAGGCCGCGGCGGAGUUGCUGGCGGACGCGGACUGCAUCACGGAUGUGGUGGAUUUCUACAAGCGCACCCCUCUGCAUCUCGCUGCCGAGUGUGGGUUCGUGAAUGUCGUCCGUAUCCUGCUCGCGGGAGGGGCGAAUGCAAGUGCGAAAGACAGAAGUGAAAGCACGCCCCUCCAUUUUGCCGUGAUCUCUAGGAUGGAGGCCGCGGCGGAGGUGCUGCUGGAGGCCGCCGCCGAAUGCGACGGGCCGGACAUGGAAGGCCGCACCCCCCUGCACUACGCUGUGAGAGAAGGUCUCCCGCGGAUAGUUCAAUCUUUGCUGUCGAGGGGUGCGCGUUUCAAGCUUAAAGACGAAGAUGGACUCUGUCCCCUGUACAGGGCCCUGAUGCGUGGACACGACGGAGCGGCGAGAGUGCUCCUGGCGACGUACGCCUGGAUGAAUAUCGAGGUACAUUGGGAAGAGAUGCAGCUCUCGAAGGAUGACGAGGAGCGCGGCGUCCGGCUGCUCUCCGAGUGCGAGGCCGACAUGAGGGUGGCCCUGACGGAGGGGUCCCGCCUCUCCCUCCGCGACCUCGCCCGCCGUCACCCCUCCCGCCUGGCCCGGCGCCUCUCCGACGAGGCGAUCCGGCGGCUCUCCGACCGGGACCUCCUGGCGCGGGACUUCCCGCUCUUCGGCGACCUCCUCCUCGUCCGGCUGGGGGAGGUCCGGGAGAGGAGGGCCCUGGAGGACCGCUUCCUGCGCUGCUUCCCCCUCCUCUGCCGGCCCCUGCCCCCCACCUGCACCGACGUCCUCCUCGCGUGCCUGGCGGACGACGACCUGAGGCACUUCGCCCGAGCGGCGGAGCUCUAGUCCCCGGCGAAAAAGAAAAUAAAGAUCAGGACUUGAACUGUAUGAAUCUUUUGUUUUUGAAUGUGCCCGAGAUAGUUGACUGAACUUUAUCUGCUGUUUUCGUAAACAAACCCAUUUGUCUUGUCAAGAUGAUUAUUCUGAGACACCUUUCAAAUAGCUUUGUACAUCAUGUGCGAAAUGCUUUGUGUGUAUGAAUCACGUAAUAAAAGGAAUAUUCAAGCCAUUGAUAAAUUCUCUUUGUACCCUAUUGGCACGAAAGAAAUAGAGUGAGCCGAAAAUUUUAACCCAGCUUAA